AAUUGUAGAAUUUAUGAAGAAAUAUAAUAGCUUCUUAAUAUAGAUUUCAAGAAGUUUACUACUGCGAUUACUUUCCCAUGUUUUAGGUGAAAGUGAGGCUAACACCAUGAUACCUUUACAAGGGUAUAACUCGCUGAGAUCUUAUCGAGAAGCAAACAAAAACAAGUGAGCCGGUGGCAAUACGCGGCGUGGGAGUUCCCUUUGCAAAGGUUCGGCAUGGCAACUGUGGGACAGCUGACGAGGAUCGCGGAUGUGGAAGAGCUCAAGGAUCUGCAGAAACUGUAUCUGAAGGAUUGGCCCAGCCACUGCGUCGCCUACUUCUGGCUGGACAAUUACUUGAGAUGGCUUCACCAGAACCCGACCCUGAAGCACCUGGAGUUCUACACUUUGGACAAUGACUACCGCAGCGAUGGACUGUUUAUACUGGUCCAUCGGUAUCAGCUGUUCUUCAGUAACCUAAGCAGACAAAAGUCGGGCUUGGAAGUUGCGCUGAAACACUUGGAUUGGUCGGGAGGUUUCAAGGUCAGUGCCAUCCACGAGACCCACCACAAGAUCUACAAGCAGCUGGCACUGGACCUCAGGCUCCACAUGGAUCGGGAAAUGAACACCAUAAUGUAUAUCCUGACCCGUGAGGAGGCUGCGAGAUUGCAGGUCAAGUGCCCGGAGGGUUAUUAUCUGGACCGAGUGCGACUGGAACACGCAGAUCUGAUCAACGAUCUUUGGUCAGCUCGUCAUCCUGGUUCCCUGAAGCUCAUUCAGAUGCUUAUAGCGCAUAAUACCAACGUGGGAUUGUUUGAGAAGGAGUCGGGCUCUUUAUGUGCUUGGUGCUUGAGGCUGCAAAGUGGAUUCCUCGGAGCUCUAGAAGUGCUACCAGCCCACCAACGUCGUGGCCUGGGACAAGUAGUAGCCGCCGCCAUUUCCAAAGCCAUUGCAGCCGAUCUUCAGCAGGAUAUCACGGCCCUGGUCAAUAUGAACAACAGAGCUGCCUGUCGAGUGUUCGAGAAACUCGGCUUCAGGUUGAUCCAGGGCGAACACUACUACUGGAGCAUGAUUAGGCCAGCAGAAGGUGGCCAGAUUUCGUGGCCCUGCGGGGAAUAGAGCCAGGCACAAAAAAGAGCGGAGAACCAGGCUUUGAGAACAACGCUUAGUUACUUACCAAUAAAUUGUUUUUACUUCUGUA